AUUCAUGAGAGGAGUUGUAGGAGAGAAGGUGCUGGUCUGUGGUCUGUGCUGGCUGUGCUGGAGUCACGUGAUUACAAUACAGUGCUGAAGACAUGGCGGAUAAAGAGGAGACCGAGAAGACCAUCGCCGAGGACUUGGUUGUUACCAAGUAUAAAAUGGCCGGCGAGAUCGUAAACCGGAUAUUAAAGCAAGUUUUAGACAAAUGCGUUGCUGGAGCUUCUGUGAGAGAAAUUUGUGAGUUUGGCGACAAACUACUUACAGAAGAAACUAACAAAGUUUUUAAAAAAGAGAAAGAACUUAAAAAGGGAAUUGCUUUUCCAACUUGCAUAUCAGUCAAUAAUUGCAUUUGUCAUUUUUCACCCAUUGCUAGCGAACCUGAUCUUAUUCUCAAAGAUGAGGAUAUGGUUAAAGUUGAUCUAGGAGCACAUGUCGAUGGUUUCAUAGCUGUAGUGGCACACACUAUUGUUAUAAAUUCUUCAUCAGAGAAGAAAGUGACAGGCAGAAAAGCAGAUGUAGUUUUAGCUGCACAUUUUGCUUCUCAAGCUGCAUUAAGGCUAUUGAAACCAGGUACAGAGACAUACACAAUAACAGGCACAGUAGAAAAAAUAUGUGAUUCUUAUAAAUGUAAACCGAUCGAAGGCAUGUUAAGUCAUCAAUUAAAACAAUUUAAGAUUGAUGGGGAGAAAACAAUAAUUCAAAAUCCAAAUGAUGCACAAAAGAAGGAACAUGAAAAGUAUACACUUGAAACUCACGAGGUAUAUGCAAUGGAUGUAUUAGUUAGCACAGGUGAAGGGAUAGGAAGGGAACAGGACACUCGGGUCACAAUAUACAAAAAGACAGAGGAGACAUAUCAACUUAAAUUGAAGGCGUCUCGUAUGUUCUACUCGGAAGUCUCCCACAAACAUGGUCUUAUGCCAUUCAAUUUACGCACUUUUGAAGACGAAAAGAAAGCGAAAAUGGCUGUUGUUGAAUGUGUAAACCAUAGGUUGAUUGAGCCAUUCCAAGUGCUAUAUGAAAAACCAAAUGAGUAUGCUGCACAAUUCAAAUUUACAGUACUUUUGAUGCCUAAUGGACCUCAUAAAAUUACAGGAAUUCCCUUUGAUCUCGAUAUCUAUCAGUCUGAUUGUGUUGUGGACGAUCCUGAAUUGAAGAACCUUUUGUACUCUUCGGCAAAUCCGAAAUCGGCGAAAAAGAAGAAAAAGAAGGCCGAGAAAGCUGUAGAUGUUGCAAUGGAAGUCGAUGCUAAGGCCUAACACUGUCAUUUUCUAACACAUACCAUGACUUAUAUGACAUCAUGCACUAUUUCAAUAUUUUUCAUUUAGUGAUUUAAGUAAAAGGCUGGACACUUUUUAAACACAAAUCACUCAAUAUAAUCAUAUCCUCGUUUAAAUAUUGCAUUGAUAAAUUGCAAGUUGCAUUGAUGCCUUGCAUUGUUAUGCUCUUGCCAUCAGCAAUCGUCUGAUAUGUAUCCACCUACUGACCUACUGCUUACUUUCCUUUCUUCUUCUUUACUUUCCUACUUAUGCAUUUCAUCUAUCCAACUUAAGUUCUGCCAUUUGAUGACAUAUUACCUAUUUACCUUCUUUCUUUUCUAUCUAUGUACUUUAUUCGAAAGUAUCAAAUUUUGCUGAGAAUCAAACUUUAUUAUACAUUAUGUAUGACAAUUUCUCAAUAUUUAAGUUAUCCAGAGUAUACCAGAGUAUCUUUUAAUGUGGACCAUGGUAUUAUUAUUAUUUAUAGAGUGUUAAUUAUUCAUAUGACGAUUACUUGCAAUUGUAAUGCAUUACAAACUUUGAACUAACAUUUUAUAUGUAACAAUCUUGUGUGACAGUUUUCUAUGGAACACUUGGAUUGGCUAAGCUAAAAGAAGUGAAUCGUAUAAACUCAAGAUAUAUUGAGGAAUAUUUUCGCUUUCCUAUAUUAUAAUUAAAAUUAUAAAAUUGUAUAGAAUGCAUUUCUCUUUAUUUUAUAUACAGAGUGUUAAUUAUUGCUCAUUAGGACAUAAUAAGAAUCUUUGAUUCUUGACGAAAUAUAAGCCGACAAUUUUGUUCUGUGAUGCUUAACAGAAAGAAAAUUGUUAUAUUUAAUCACACACAUGGUGCCGUCGCUAAACAGAUAUAUAUCUAUGAAUCAUGCUGCUGAUUUAUGUGACAUUCGAGCAUGGUUCAUGUAUAUCUUUGUUUAAAAAACAAUACUUUGUCUUUGUACGUAAUUAGAUGAAUUUUAAAAAUCCCUUACAUUAAGGAUUGGAAAAAAAUGAUUCAGGAUUUUAUAUUUAUUUUCAUUAAGAAAUAUUAUUAUGUAUUUAGUAAAUGCGAAUUAAUUAACACCCUUGUAUAUAAAAUGUACACACAUAUAUGUAUACAUAUACACUUAAAAAUUUUAAAUAUCAUAAUUUUAUGGAUAAGCGAGUAUAUAUUGCAACAUCUGAAUAUUUGCACAAAAUACGAUUCACUUGAGUCCUAUUUCUUUAGCCAAUUUUAUUUUGUGUCCAGCUAUGAGAACUAUACUAUAAUAACGUUUAAUUACAAAUUGUACAAUUGAAAAAUGUCCAUUCUGGGACAUUGCAUAAACAAUGAAAUGCCAAUGAUUCA